AUUGGAUUGCGACGCAUAUGAUCAUGAUUUCUGUUGUCUGUUCAUUACGUUGUUCGUAAGUUCAUAGUGUGAUUAAUCACCGUUGUUUUGGCAAAUUUAAUUUUAUUUGUUGUGAAAUAAUAAACACGUUGUUUAUGUUUUUAUUUAUGAUUUGAAACCAACCAGCUCACAGGGUUGAGUUGUUCCUUUUGACUUGAAUUUAUGAGUAUUCCAUUAGUCAAACCACGCUUCUAUCACUAUUGACCAAAGGUGCUUUGAAAAUGGUGCACCAAGGUUGUAAAGUUUUAGUGGUGAGUGGACCAUCGGGUUCAGGAAAGUCGACUCUGCUGACCAAACUCUUUCAAGAAUUCCCCAACACAUUCGGCUUCUCUGUCUCGCACACGACGCGGAAACCGCGCGAUGGCGAAAAGGGUGGCAUCGACUAUCACUUCACCACAAAGGAAGACAUGGAGAAGGCUAUCAGCCGAGGAGAGUUCCUUGAAUCUGCCGUCUUUGCCAACAAUAUGUAUGGAACCAGUUUUGCAGCUAUCCAGGCAGUCUGCAAUGAGAAGAAAGUGUGUGUGUUGGACAUUGAUAUCCAAGGUGUGAAGCAGGUGAAAAAUACCGACCUGGACGCAGUGUAUGUGUUCAUCAAGCCACCAAACAUGGAGGAGCUAGAACAGAGGUUACGAAAUAGAGGCUCGGAAACUGAAGAGAGCCUCCAGUCUCGUAUUAAAGCUGCCAAGGCCGAUAUGUCCUAUGGUGAGGAGCCUGGAAAUUUCGAUCUUGUCCUUGUUAAUGACAGUGUAAACAACAGUUACCCAAAAUUUAGAGACUUUGUAUUGAAUCAUAUACAUUAUGAAAACACUCCGAACGAAGCCAGUGCAACGGAAUAAGAUAGAUAAGCUGGAUACUUACAGUAUUAAUUUCUCACUAUUUAAUGAUUGUCCCUCGUAUUAUCAGCGUCAAUUGAUUAUGGAGAGUGCAAAAAACUUUUGAAAGUCAUUCUAGCCUUGGUGAUUAACUGUGGUGAAAAUAGAAUGUGUGCUAUACUAUCCUUACCUUUGUAGCUUUUAUAUCCUUCAAGUUUUGUAUUUCUUACUGAGUUAUAAUUCACUGCAUAAGUAUGCAUAUUAUUUCAUUUCGAUUACAUUCGUUCAAGUAUUGAAAUCGACCGUGGAUGAACCAUGGUUUUAUAUGUUUUAUUUAUAAUUUUGUAAUCGCACUAGAAAAUAAUGCAAUUAAUAUAAUUUUUUAUUCAAGUAGUCCUAUUUCAUCAUUUUUUGUAAUACAUCCAAUACAUCAUCUGAAUUCUUCGCUCUUUAUUGAAUUAUUUGAAACGUAAUAAUAGUUUCUGCAAGGAUGAUAUUAUCUAUAGAAUUAUAAACAUUUCAAUUUGAUGUCAAAAAUUUUUUUUCGCCUGUGCACUGAGAUCCAAGAUUGGAUUGAGAUUCUGAAAGCACUGAAAACUGAUUUAUAAUAAUAUUAUUGUCCUACAUGAUUCAAUUAAAACAGUUGGUCGACUCCCUACUCUAAUUUGCAGUUUUCGUUAAAAGAUAGUUUUUACUAUCAUGAAAAAAACAGUUUCUCAUAACUCAGAAAAUGCAAUACUAUUGCUAAAAAUGUUUGAUGUCAACAAUUUGAGUACUUUUAGGUGCUGUACUCUCAAUAUAUUGAGAUAAUUUACUGAAAUUAUUAGUACAGUAUUGUCGAAUUGGAAAUGAGGUGUAGUAUCACAUAUUACUCUACACAUUUGAAAGUUAAUCUUUCAUUAUAUCAUGGGAUUUCACGAACCCAAGUUAAUAGUAAAUAUUUGUAUUAUUUUUUAAUACCUGGAAGUAUUUUCGAAGAGGUAUGGUCGUAUGGUUACGUGAUUCUCUGUUUCUAUCAUUACUAAUUGGAUGAUGAAAAUGGCAUAACAUAAAAUUUGUAAAAUCACUUAACUCAAUUGUCAGUGCUAACUGGCAAUAUCCACAGAUACCAUUCAAUUGAUUUUUUCCAAAUUUAAUUUUUUAAUGAUUGAGGUUUUAAAAUAUAAUAAUUAUAUUCAUGCAUUGUUAUACUUCUAGAAGUUGUAGACUAGAUUCUUCUAAAGCAUUUGGAUAGUACAGUAUUUACUCGAAAAAGUAUAGCAUAUUACCGUAGUAGAAAUAGGUAAGUCUACUUAAGAUCUUGAAAGUAAUGUCCAUCAUUGCAUUUGGCUAACCUUCCAUUUCACAAACUUCAUUCUCAAGUCGAUUAAAUAGAUGAUAUAUUCCAUAUAGGUAAUGUUUACCUGGAUUCCAUUUUCAUUUAUUACUACUAUUCAAUGCAUUUAUGAGAUUAUUCAAUGUUGUUGAUCCGUGAUGAAAGUAGUUAAAUCUAUUUUUCUCAUGAAAAGUAUAUUCCAUUGUUGGUAAAAUGAAACUGUAUUACUUGUUCAACAAUUCAAGUUAUUUUUUUGGAAUCUAAAGAAUUGCUUUCAAAAAUGUGGAUCAUGUGUAUAAUAUUAGUUACUCACAGAUAUCAUGGAAUUAUAUUGAAUGAUAAAUUCGAGAAUACAGUAGGUUUACUCACAAUUAUUGAAAUAUAUUGAAUUUCCAUGGACACUUUACGCUUAUAUCUAUAUGUCAGGAAGUUAAUAAUUAUGGCAACUAUAUGUUUUCAAUACGUAGGGUCCUAUGAAAACCAAUAGGUUUUUUGUACAAAAAAAAUCAACUUACAAAUUACAAGAUUCGAUAAACCAUAGGAUGGCCAGAAAAAACUAUCCUAAAAGUAGGCUAGUGACCCCGAUACAAGUGGAUAAAAUAUUUGUAAUUUUUCUAUUCUCUUUAGUUGACUACUAAAUUUUUCAUCAAGUAUUUUUUUGACUGUAUUGGAUAAUAAUUUCAUAAUAAUCCAAUGUUUGAACGUUUUAAAAAUUGAAAUUGAUGAAUUUGAGAAAAUUAUCAUCCUGCUUAUGAUCUAUUUUCCUGACCAUUUAAAAAGACAAGGCCAUUAUAUUUUAUGGUGUUAUCAGUAUUUUCUCUUUCAAUAUUUUUUGAAAUAUUGUUAUAAAUUAUUAAUGUGGGCCUCAUAAACAAUUUGAAACUGGAAUUUAGUGUUACUGAACUUGGUCUUCCAAAUGUGCAAUUUGUUCUAUGCAUUUAGUUCAUAACAUAAGAUCCUGAAUUUUCAUUUUCUAUUACUGAAUAGUUGAACACGCUUUUUAAAUUAUACUAACAUAUCUUCUAGCACAGAUAUAAAGUAGUACUGAGAUACUUUUAGAAAUUGAAUAUUUAGUUAUUAGCAAUUGUUAUUUAUUUCAUAGUAAAAUAGUUGCUACUUCUAGAAAUAUAAUGCUGAGCUAAUUUUCUACUUGUUACUCCAGCCAAUAAUAAUUAUUGCAUUUCCAUCGUCUUCAAUAGACUGUAUAUUAGUAAUGAUUGUUGUUCGUGAAAAUUAUAAAAUCAAAUUAUUUCCUGAAA